GGCUGGCAGCUGUAGCUCUGAUUCGACCCCGAGCCUGGGAACCUCCAUGUGCUGCAGAAGCAGCCCUAAAACAAAACAAAAAAGUGUAUCGGGACCAGGCUUUGGGUCCACGAAGGCAGAUUCCUCAGCAGUCAGGACUGGAAGCAGGGGAGGCCCAGGACAGUGGCCGGCCCGUCUCAGCUUCAACGUGAGCAGCUUCAAGAGAGCCCAGCCCACUUCCUGAUCACACCUCCCUUGCCUGCCCUGACCCUGUUCCUGGCUCGUCCUUCCUUCGGGCCCUUGACCUCACCGGAGCCGCGUCCCCCAUCGUGGGGAGUCCUCGGUGGUGGUGCCCGCCCCACAAUCUCCUUAGUGUGGGCGCAGCACGGUCCUAAUCAGCUUACCCAGCAUGAUAAAAGCCCAGCUGGCACCCUGCUGCGGGAAACCUGCCAGUCACACCCACGGCCCCCUGAGACCCGCCCCAGCACUGGGUGAGUAGCGACCCUCCCAACUUGCCUUUCCUGGCGGCAAGGGCGUCUGCCCGGAGGGUGGGCUGGCGGGCUUUUCACCGCCAUCCUGAGGUCCAGGUCUGGGAGUCAACCCACUGCUCUGUUCAGAAAGGAUGCCCAGCCCAUCAGCUCUUCCGUGCCCCAUGUCAGACAGCGCUGCCGGCUGUCCUCUAGGCCAGCAGUGGUCUCUGAGCCUCAGGCCACAAGCUCAGCCAACGUGAGGGGGUACCAGCCAUAGGCCUGGCUGCUGCCAGGGCAGCUUGGGUGCGGUUUCCAGGGGGAGAGCAUCUGACAGAGCUCCAUUAGGGCUCGGAUGUCCCAGGGCCUGAGGCUAGGGAAGGGGUCGGGCUGGGCCUGCACCGCCUGGGCUGUGGGAAGUGGGUAUCCUGGGGGUUGAGUAGCCGGGACCACCAGGCCUGCCAUCGGCCUUGGACCCCAUGCAAAUCAGGCUCCCGAUGCCAGCUUCCUCCCAGGCUGAUGCUGGUCCUGGCACAGAGGCUGGACCUUAGGGAUGGAAGGUCCACAGCGGGGUCCACCCAGGGGCCCCAGCACCCACGGCCAGGCCUUCCUCGCCAGUGGAACCACCUGAUCUUGCCUCCCAGUUGCUCUCAGCCCUGGUGCUCCAGCAGGCAGCUGGUAGUGCCCCAGGCUAGCGUCAGGCACUGUGGCCCACAAAGUGGAAGCAAGAAAGGGGGCCCUAGAGGUGGUGCCUGGGGCACCCAGGGCCAGGGCAGAGGCUCCUGUCUGUGUCACAUACUUAGCCCCAGAACCUUCUGGGCUCGCAGUGGCCCCUGAGGGAUUAGAGUCUCCCUCUGCUGCUAAUACGCUUAGAGGAAACUGAGCUGCCCUGGGCAAGGUCACUGGGGCUUAGGGCAUGGGGGGAGGCUCUGGGGGAGAGGAGGAGGGGAGGUCACCCUGUUCAGUGGGUUCAAGGACUCCAGCAGGUGACACUGGCACCCAGAACGAGCUCUAAGCACAGUGAGCAGCAGGGGGUUUGGGGGGCGGUAUUUCCCAGGAGAGGGAGAUGCGGCACACGGCUCGCUACGUGUCUCAUUGUGACACAGGCGCCUCUCCUGCCUGGACACCCUGCCCCCCCGUUUCUCAGGUCACUCUUACUGGUACCACCGGGUGCCCAACAUGCCACCGUGAGUGAGACCACGUGUCCUGCCCAGGGGUCGGGAUGGGGAACACAGGAGAAGGGGAAGGCCCUGAGGAGGGCUGCGUCUGGGGCCGCCCACGUGGAGCUGGUGGGGGCUCCCCGGGGCAGGGAUAUGCUGGCCAGGUCAUGCUGGGGGCCAGGGGUCUCGUGCGUCAGGCUUUCUUCUGCCCUGGUGGGUUGAGAACUGCUAGGGGUGUCAGAAGCAGGAGGGCUGACUGGGCCCCGCUCUGGUCUCUGUGCUGCCCACAGUGUGAGGGGGUCCAGACAGCAGAGGUCGUCACAGGGUCUCAGUCAGCCUGGCCAUGAACCUGGAGCCGCCCAAGGCCGAGAUACGGUCAGCCACCAGGGUGAUCGGGGGACCCGUCACUCCCAGGAAAGGUCCCCCCAAAUUUAAGCAGCGGCAGACCAGGCAGUUCAAGAGCAAGCCCCCCAAGAAAGGCGUCCAAGGGUUUGGGGAUGACAUCCCUGGAAUGGAAGGCCUGGGAACAGACAUAACGGUCAUCUGCCCCUGGGAGGCUUUCAACCACCUGGAGCUGCACGAGCUGGCCCAGUAUGGCAUCAUCUAACCCGACCGCCGCCUGCAGCCCCGGCCCCUCCACGCCGCCGCCAGCGCCAGCCCCUGCCCAGGCUCCCUGGCAGGAGGCCCGCCCCCCAGGGAGGUCCAGAGUGUCCAGAUUGCGUCUGGAGACCCUGGCAGCAUGGCAUCCUCGGCCCCCUGACGCUAGUCAUCACCCCGCAGGACGCCCCGGGGCCACAGGCCCUGGUUAACUUCCCGAGACCCUGGUCCUCAGACCACCUCUUCCCAUGGCUGGAAGGCGAGGGCGGGGCCUGCCCCGGCACCCCCCCCACGGCCCUGCCUGUCAUGGGGGGGUAAGCGCUCCCCACUAACCCCCAGCUGAGGCCCUAGGUGGUGUGGUGGGUGACAGGAGUCAUGCCUGGUGUCCUUUCAAAUAAAAUGAGUGUGUCCACCGCUUGCCUGGGGCACGGUGUCAGUGGGGGCAGGACCUGAGGGCACCGGGUGGGGGGGCAGGGGCGGCAGGGGCCUGGCCAGGCUGAGGGAAGGAGACCCAUCAGGGGCUGGGCUGGGCUCGAGAUGGCUGGACCAGGGCAAAGCAGGCCGCGCCACGCACUCCAGGGGCACAAGCAGACCUCGGGGGGCCCAAGGGCAGCUCAGGUCAAGGAGGGGAACGCCACUCUGCUCCCCACGGGUGAGGAGACAGGUGCAGCUGGCCCCUCCUCAGUGUCCACUAAAGCUGUACAGCUGCCACCCAUGACCCCGCAGUUCCCCUCCUGACCCCUCACCCAGGAGAAGCAGGGCACGCUGCCACACACACACACCUGCGUGAAGCUGUCCCUAGCGGCGGUCGGCAUCCAGAAGCCUCCAAGCGCACGUCCACACGGAUGUCGGGGUGUUCACACA